AUGAAUUCUAGCCAUGGCUUCUACCACUAUUCCUCUGGCUCCCUUGUAGGAGCCCCAGGAUGCCUCCUCCAGCCUAUAGGCGAAUGCUACAGAACUUCCAAUUUCCAUGGAAUAAGCAGCAGCCUUCCCAUGCCUGUAUCCUUUGGAAGCCCUGGCUGGCUGGCCUCUGAUGCUGGGACAAGCUGGGGAGCCUUCAGUGGGAGUCAGGGAAACCUCUUCAUGGGAGGGAACGAAAAGCGGACCAUGCAGCAGCUGAAUGACCGCUUGGCUUCCUACUUAGAAAAAGUACGAUCUUUGGAGGAAGCCAACACACAACUAGAAGGCUGCAUCCGGGAAUGGCACCAGAAGAGAUCUCAUGGCACCCAGCGGGACUUCAAGGAUUAUGAACAAAACAUCUCAGACAUGCACGAGCGGAUUGAGACUGGACGGGUUACCAAUGCAGGCCUUGUUCUACAGAUUGACAAUGCCAAAAUGGCAACAGAGGAUUUCAGGCUCAAGUAUGAAGCUGAAAAAGCACUCCGGCAAAAUGUGCAAAAUGAUGUUGAAAGCAUCCGUAAGGAGCUAGACAACAUGACCAUCAUAAUAACUGACCUGGAAAUGGAAAUUGAAUCUUUGCGUGAAGAUCACAUACUCAAAAAAAAAGAACAUGAGGCGAAUAUGCAGGCAUAUGGCUCAUCCAAAGACUUUCAAGUGAAUGUGAAGGUGAAUAAAACUCCACAAGAAGAUUUGUCCAAGAUCCUGGCAGGGAUAAGAGCAGAUUAUGAAGCAAUAAUUGAAAAAAACCGCCAAGGUCUUGAUUCUUGGUUCCAGCAACAGAUUGGAAAUGAAUAUUCAGAGGGGCAACACAACCAGGAAGAAUUACAAAACAGCCAAAAAGAAAUCUGUGAGCUGAAUCGCACACUGCAAACCCUGGAAAUUGAUUAGACAGAGCUAAAUAAGAAAUUUGCCCUAGAAAACAAUCUAGGAGAAACCAAGGCUCGCUAUGCUUUCCAGCUUCAAAGUAUCCAAAACCUCAUAAAAAAAUGUGAAGAAGAGCUCAGCAAAUUUCGACAUGAUAUCAAAUGUCAAAACAAUCAGUACAAGGUCCUAUUUGGAAUAAAAACACGUCUGGAGAGGGAAAUUUCUACUUACCGCCAGCUUCUGGAUGGUGAUAUUGAUGGGAAGACCGGCACAAGCCUUAGAGAAAACAGAUCAAGCAAUCAAAACCUGAAGAAAAUUGUGCAAGAAACUGUGGACGGAGAGUUAGUCUCUACACAUACUACUGAGAUCAAACGGCAGGCAUGA